GAUCUCCGUUCCGCCGCGGGGGCCGCCGGGGCCGCUGCUGGCGGAAGGGGGUUGCAGUUCCGGGGCCUCCCGUGUGUCCUCUCCCGCCGCACCAUGCUGCUCGCACGGGCCCUGCGCGCUGCCGCUGCCCUGAGCCCUCCGCUCCGGCACCCGCCCCGCCGCCUCCUCCUCCUCUCCCCGUCCUUCUCCUUCUCCUCCUCCUUCCCCCGCACCCUCCUGCCGGCACCCGCCGCCUCCCCGCCCUUGGUCCGCUCCCUAUGGCAGCUGGGCGGCAGCGGGCGGACCGGGCUGCUCCGCCCGAGGAGGGGCUCGGCCGGCGGAGUCUCGUGUGGCUGCGGCGGGCUCCACACCGAGGGUGACAAAGCCUUCGCGCAGUUCCUGACGGACGAGAUCAAGGAGGAGAGGAAGAUCCAGAAGCACAAAUCCCUGCCCAAGGUGUCGGGAGGGUGGGAGCUGGAGGUGCACGGCACCGAGGCCAAACUGGUGCGGAAGAUCGCGGGGGAGAAGAUAACGGUUACAUUCAACAUCAAUAACAGCAUUCCACCCUCGGCUGAGGAAGAAACACAAGAAGAGCAGAAACCUGACGAGCAGGAGCCUGAUCUUACAUCAACUCCCAACUUUGUUGUGGAAGUAAUAAAAGAUGAUACAAAACAGACCCUUGUUUUUGACUGCCAUUACCCUGAAGAUGAGAUUGGACAUGAAGGAGAGGAAGAAAGUGAUAUCUUCACGAUUCGGGAGGUCAGCUUUCAGCCCACUGGGGAGUCAGACUGGAAGGACACCAACUACACCCUCAAUACUGAUUCCCUGGACUGGGCUCUGUAUGAUCAUUUAAUGGAUUUCCUGGCUGAUCGAGGAGUGGACAACACCUUUGCUGAUGAGUUAAUAGAGCUCAGCACUGCACUGGAGCACCAGGAGUACAUCAAAUUCCUUGAAGACCUUAAAAGCUUUGUGAAAUGUCAGUAGGUUAGGCUAGAAAACUCAUCUUCAAGGGUGGGUAUUCCACAGCUCUACUCCAGCCAGCAGUACCCAAAUAUAUCUUCACACCAGAUCUGGAGAGUAAGUACCUUUGAGGUUGGAGAAUGAGGAUUCUCACUCUUAUUUGGGGUUUUGUAUUUAUGUUGCAGCCCAGAUCAAGUUCUCUCACCACUGGAAUUGCCUCACCCUACCUGAUGGUUUUUGUACAAUUCAGAAUGAAUGUGAAGAAUAAAAUCUGCUCAACAUAUCACUGAAAA